AUGGCAAGCUCUAAAAAGAUAUUACCCCAGGAGGGUACCGCUGGUUACACCAGCGGAGAAUCCCUCCCAGAGGUCACUCUGACCUCUGGCCGGCCCUCGUAUUCUGGGGGGGCCAAAGACUGCCAACCAAUGACCUCGGCGCUAACAAUGGACAAUGAUGCAAGUGAUAUGGAUUCGACGGCUGGAAGAGUAGGGGAUGACAGGGAGAGCGACUUGGAGCUAGUCUCAAUGUCGGAAACCUCUGACUCGGACAGCACACUGGAGGGCUUCCCUGACGGAAGGAAGGCGAGCACGAGCACGGCGCGGAAGAAAAACAGCAGUUCCGCGGCCCCUAAAAUUGCUCUCAAGUCCCCAAUUGGGACAGAGAGCAAGGGGAAGAAGAGGGCGCUAAAAGAAGCGGAAGUAGCGGGCCCGGUCAUAAAAGUGUCGACAGCGACAAGAGGCCGUACCAGACGACCGGGGGCCCAAAGCAGUUUUCUGCAAGAGGCGAAAGCCUAUUUAGCGGAGGGGGAGGAGAGUGGAGCAGUUGACUCGGACCCCCCCUACCGGCCUCCAUGCCUGCCCAGGGACUUGUCGGAGCCCAGGGCUGCGCAACCGGAGGCUGCCACCAUAGAGGCACUGGCUGCGAAAGCCCUCCUGAAUGUUUCCGCAAUUCAGGGGGAGGUUAAGAAGAGCGGAAACAUAAAGGGAACAGUGCGAGGCCAGAUUAACAGGGCCACCCAACAGGUGAUUGAAGCGGUGGAGGAGCUGCGAGCGAUCACCCCCGAGGAGGAGCAACGCCGGCUCCGCGCGGAGAAUGCCAGACUAGCUAGAGAGCUGGAGCUGAUCCGCGCGGAGCUGCGUGCUUUCAAAGAAGCAUACGCGGAGUCGCAAAAGCGGUCAGAAGCGACUCCGAGGGAGGCUCCUCAAGCCCAGGAGGGGGUGGAGACAAUUCUCAGGGGCGCUCUCGAAGAGAUGAGGCGCGAACUCUUAGAGUCAGUAGGCGGGAUGGUGAACGCCCGCCUGCAAGACUUGGAGACACGCCUCCCCCCUGAGCCGGUGGUCAGACCACCGCUCCAAGCGGACAAUCAUCAUCCGCCGCCGCCGCGCCCUGUAACCAGGCCCAACCUGGCGACCAGUGCCUCAAAAAUUGUGGAGACACGACCGGCCCAGGCCCCUGCGGCCAAAGCCAGACCGGUCCCCAAGAAGAAGAUCGCCUCUAAAGCCAGACCGGCCGCCCCUCCCCCCCCUCCACCUGCUGGCGGAGAGGGGAGCGCAGGGAAGGCUGCAAAGGCCAAAGCCGGAACCGCCAAUCCCGCCCCUCAAACACCCGGGGGCGAUGAGACACCGUGGUCCCAAGUGGUCGGCCGGAAGGCCCGUAAAAAGAAGAAGAAGGCUCCGGCCGGGACCCCACCCGCUGCACCAGUUCACCCUGGACAGGUCUCUGAGGCCAAAUACGUCGACGUCUUGGCCAAGGCCAAGGCAGCGAUCUGCCUCAGAGACCUAGGCUUGGAGACGGUGAAAGUCAGAACUAGUAUGACCGGCUCCAAGCUAAUGGAGGUAGGGGGGACCACCCCAGAAGAGACGGCCGACCGCCUGGCUGCCGAAUUGGUCAAAGUCAUCGGCGGCUGGGCGGACAUCGCGCGUCCGUCCAAACUCGCAGACCUCCGGGUCUCCGGUUUGGACGAGACGACGACGCGCGAAGAGGUGGCAGCCAAACUGGCGUCAACCGGCGGCUGCCACCCCGAUAUGGUCAAAGUGGGCCUAAUCAGGCCCAGCUUCUGGGGUGGGGGUUCCACUCUGGUGCGGUGUCCGGCAGCGGCGGCGAAGGCCCUCGCACAGAUAGGGAAGGUGGCCAUUGGAUGGUGCAUGGCCACCGUCACCGCGGUGAGGGCCCGGCCGCUACGCUGCUUCAAAUGUAUGCAGCUGGGCCACACCCGGGCCCUAUGCCCAUCGGAGGCAGAGGAUGGUCGCCUCUGCUUCCGAUGCGGCCAGGAGGGCCAUAAGAGGGCUGCGUGCGAGGCGCCUGUCAACUGCGCCGUGUGCAAUAGGACAGGCUGCCCGCACGCACAUAUAAUGGGGGGAGCAAAAUGCACCCCCCCCACUGUGAGGGGGAAGGCCCGCAUCAUCGGCCCUCCCCCUGCGCCACAAGCGCAAUCGCCGCCCAGGCUGCAGCCGCAGCCUGAAGAGGAACGCAUGCAGGUGUCAUAA